AUGAGUCGGAUUCUCGAACAACUUGGUUCGAUAUCAACAGAUGCAACCGCUCAAGGGAUAGUCGACACCAGUGCAAAAGAAAAUCAAACUGAUCAGACGACCGAUACGAACGCUACUACUGAUGCUGUUGAUAAUAAACACGAUAAAGUGAAUGUCAAUGACGAUACUGCCUCAUCUAAUGAUAAGGAACAGUAUUUACGUGAUCUUGAAAAGGCUCUUCGGGAAUUUCGAUACCUAUCGAAGGCAUAUAAUAAGAAGGAACGAAGACGACGAGGCAACGACGUGAACGACGACGAGGAGGAGGAGGACGACGACGAUGACGAAGAGGAAGAAGAUGAGGUAGAUGAGGAGAUUGAGGAGGAUGAAGGAAUCGAUGAGAGAGCAGCUGAUGAUAAUGAUUCUGGUACGGUGAGUGCCUCGAAGGAUGACGUUCAAGAGAAUUUAGAUGACAGCAAAAAAGCACAUGAAAACCAGAGGUACAGUGAUAAAAAUGAAACCAAAAAUACCAAUGAGAACAAUGCGUCAACGCCCGAAUUCAAAGGCAAAAGAACGAAACCAUAUAAGCGAUCAAAACGAACAUAA